AAUAUUAAAGGGCUACAUGAUCGGGUCUCAUUCAUCGUAGAAGACAUGCUGGAGAAGAAUGUUAACGUUUGUGUGUACAUAGCGUUUGCAUUUCUCGUUCACGGUGAAUCUGAUGUUGGCACAGACAGAAUAUCAGUGAUUGAGGGAGAUUCAGUCACUCUACGCACUGAUGUUACAAUGACCCAACAAGGCAGAAUAAAAUGGUAUUUUAGUGACACUCGUAUUGCUCAAAUUAUUGGACAUAUCAGUAGUUGUACAGAUGUUCAGUGUGAAUAUGCUGAUGGGAGAUUCAGAGGCAGACUGAAGCUGGAUCAUCAGACUGGAUCUCUGACCAUCACAAACACCACAACCACAGACUCUGGACUUUAUAAAGUAUUCAUCAACAGUAGUGAAAAGAUCUUCAAUGUUUCUGUCUGUGGAGUUUCUGCAGCUGAACAAGAUGAAAUCAAAAGAAAGUCAGUGAAGGAGGGAGAAUCUGUAACUUUAGACACUCUUAAAGUAAAAACCCUAAAUGGUUCGAUGACAUGGUAUUUUAAUGAGACUCUCAUCGCUGAAAUCACUGGAGAUCAGAGUAAGAUCUGCACAGAUGAUCAGUGUAGAGAGCGAUUCAGAGACAGACUGAAACUGGAUCAAUUUGGUUCUCUGAUCAUCACAAACAGCAGAACCACAGACUCUGGACUCUAUAAACUACAGAUCAAGAGCAGCGGAAACAGCGUCAGCAUCACCAGCAUGAGCUUCAUUGUUUCUGUCAAUGGUUCAGGUCGGUCUUCAGCUGUUAGAGCAGGGAUAUUUGUUGGUGUUGCUGUUCUUCUGUUGGCGGCUGUAGCUACUCCUGUGAUUUACAAUCGGCGCAGGAGCUCUAGAAUGGAUGAAGAAAUCCCUCAUGAUGGAAUAGGACCCCAACAGGAUCAGAGUGAAGAUACUGCAGCAUUAUUAUUACUUAGUGAAGAAGCAAAAACAAGUCCCUAAUGGCCAUAGACGGAAAUCGAGGAAUUUAUAUACACACACACACACACACACACACACACACACACAUACAUGCAUACAUACAUACAGGUGCUGGUCAUAUAAUUAGAAUAUCAUCAAAAAGUUGAUUUAUUUCACUAAUUCCAUUCAAAAAGUGAAACUUGUAUAUUAUAUUCAUUCAUUACACACAGACUGAUAUAUUUCAAAUGUUUAUUUCUUUUAAUUUUGAUGAUUAGAGCUUACAGCUCAUGAAAGUCAAAAAUCAUUAUCUCAAAAUAUUAGAAUAUUACUUAAGACCAAUACAAAGAAAGGAUUUUUAGAAAUCUUGGCCAACUGAAAAGUAUGAACAUGAAAAGUAUGAGCAUGUACAGCACUCAAUAUUUAGUUGGGGCUCCUUUUGCCUGAAUUACUGCAGCAAUGCGGCGUGGCAUGGAGUCGAUCAGUCUGUGGCACUGCUCAGGUGUUAUGAGAGCCCAGGUUGCUCUGAUAGUGGCCUUCAGCUCAUCUGCAUUGUUGGGUCUGGUGUCUCUCAUCUUCCUCUUGACAAUACCCCAUAGAUUCUCUAUGGGGUUCAGGUCAGGCGAGUUUGCUGGCCAAUCAAGCACAGUAACACUAUGGUCAUUGAACCAGCUUUUGGUACCUUUGGCAGUGUGGGCAGCUGCCAAGUCCUGCUGGAAAAUGAAAUCAGCAUCUCCAUAAAGCUUGUCAACAGAAGGAAGCAUGAAGUGCUCUAAAAUUUCCUGGUAGAUGGCUGCGUUGACUGUGGACAUCAGAAAACACAGUGGACCAACACCAGCAGAUGACAAGGCAGCCCAAAUCAUCACAGACUGUGGAAACUUCACACUGGACUUCAAGCAACAUGGAUUCUGUGCCUCUCGUCGUGAUGAUGAUGAGGGGGAGGGCUACCGAUCCGUCACAAUAUAUAUAUAUAAAAUUUAACUUACCAAAGUCAUAACAUUAUUUAUGCUUUUGUAAUUUUGCAAUGUAGAUUACAUUAAACUGUCUGUCUAAAUGCCACUUCAGCUGCUUGUUUCUUCUGCAGUGGAAAGAUCGGUUUUGUUCAUUUGUUUGGUAACAGCCCUAUAGUGUCUUAAUAUAUUAAGUGAAAUUAUUAAUAAAAAUAUAAGAAUUUGAUAUGAAAGAUGGCACACUAAUUUAACAAGGUUAGGGAAACAUGCCCUUUAAAUUGGCAAAAAAAAAAAAAAAAAAAAAAAAGAA